CGGUCGUGAAGCGCGCUCGUUGUCAAAGUCGAACAGCGAACAAAUAAAUAUCGAAUUAAAUCGAAAUAGCGACCUCCACAGAGACACAUACAAUUAUUUUAUAUUUAUUUCUUUUGGUGCCACAGAAAGUGAGCACUAACCAUUACCCUUAAAUAUUACCAAGAAGGGCGUGCAGUGAACUCUAUCCCUAGAUAUCUCAGAUAUCGUAAUACCUAAUUUCCCGGAUAUAUCUGAAUCUAUAAGCACUCAAGAGUGCCCAGCGAGAGAGAGGGAGAGAGCAUAUUACUCUCUCUGCACAUUUAAAAUCGAAAAACUGGAGAACUCAAACACAAUGGAGGGCGGUGAGUCCACAGAGUCCACACACAACACCAAGGUGUCCGAUUCGGCCUACUCAAACAGUUGCAGCAACAGUCAGUCACAGCGCAGUGGCAGCUCCAAGUCCCGGUUAAGUGGCAGCCACUCCUCCGGGAGCAGCGGCUAUGGCGGCAAACCCUCAACUCAGGCCAGCAGCAGUGACAUGAUCAUCAAGCGGAACAAGGAUAAGUCACGCAAAAAGAAGAAGAACAAGGGAGCUGGCCAGAGUCAAGUCCAGACCCAGACACAUCCACAUCCCAGUACCACACUGGACAGGGAGAGGGAGGACAGGACAGAGGAGCCACGGCAGAACCAAAGCAGCGUUGGCGAUGCCAACGGUGUUGACCAACAGAAUCUGCAGGAGUUGCAGGAUAAUGAGGACUGCAAUCGUCCCGAUGCCGAGGAGGAGGAGGAGCAACAGCAGCAGGAGUCCGGCACUGAGGAAUCGGAGGCAGAGCAGCGAGCUGGUGUGGCCAAGUCAGAGGCCACCCAAACCUUUCCCAUACCAUCCCCGUUGUCGGUGACCACUCUGCCUCCUUCGUUGCCCUGCCAUGUGAGCGUGUCCUGUGUGGACAGCGGCAUUGGUGGCAAAUCCGAGAAGACGUGGGAGUCGGCUCCAGGCAAGCUGGAAUCCGUGGCCGGACUUGGCGGCGGUGGAGGCGGGUCAGGAGCACCCGGAGUACGUGUGGAACGCGUCAAGGAGGAUAGCUUCUGCUGUGUGAUCUCCAUGCACGAUGGCAUCGUUUUGUAUACCACGCCCAGCAUCACGGAUGUCCUGGGCUUUCCGCGGGACAUGUGGCUGGGUCGAUCCUUCAUCGAUUUCGUGCACAUCAAGGACCGUGCCACAUUCGCCAGUCAGAUAACCACUGGGAUACCCAUUGCCGAGUCGCGGGGCAGCAUGCCCAAGGAUGCCAGGAGCACCUUCUGUGUGAUGCUGCGUCGCUAUCGAGGCCUCAAGUCCGGUGGCUUCGGUGUCAUCGGUCGCUCCGUCAGUUACGAGCCCUUCCGCCUGGGACUCACCUUCAGGGAGGCACCCGAGGAGGCUCGACCGGACAACUACCUGGUGUCCAAUGGCACCAACAUGCUGCUCGUCAUCUGCGCCACGCCCAUCAAGAGUAGUUACAAAGUUCCCGAUGAGGUGCUCUCCCAGAAGAGCCCCAAGUUUGCCAUCAAGCACACGGCCACGGGCAUCAUUUCGCAUGUGGAUAGUGCUGCAGUCAGUGCCUUGGGCUAUCUGCCGCAGGAUCUCACAGGACGCAGCAUUAUGGACUUUUACCAUCAUGAGGAUCUCGCCGCCAUGAAGGAGACGUAUGAGACGGUGAUGAAGAAGGGUCAGACAGCCGGUGCCUCCUUCUGCAGUAAGCCAUACCGGUUUCUCAUCCAGAAUGGUUGCUAUGUCCUCCUGGAGACGGAAUGGACUAGCUUCGUGAAUCCUUGGUCCCGCAAGCUGGAGUUUGUGGUGGGUCACCAUCGCGUCUUUCAGGGUCCCAAGCAGUGCGAUGUAUUCGAGGCGGCGCCCACCUGCAAGCUAAAGAUCUCCGAGGAGGCCAUGGGCCGGAAUACAAGGAUCAAGGAGGACAUCGUCAAACUGCUGGCGGAGACAGUGUCACGGCCCUCGGAUACGGUCAAGCAGGAGGUGUCACGUCGCUGCCAGGCCCUGGCCAGCUUCAUGGAGACGCUGAUGGACGAGGUGUCGCGGGCGGAUCUCAAGCUGGAGCUGCCGCACGAGAACGAGCUGACCGUGUCCGAGCGGGACAGUGUGAUGCUGGGCGAGAUCUCGCCGCACCACGACUACUAUGACAGUAAGAGUUCCACCGAGACGCCGCCCAGCUACAACCAGCUCAACUAUAACGAGAACCUGCUGCGUUUCUUCAACAGCAAGCCGAUCACGGCACCCGUGGACCCCGAUCCUCCCAAGACGGAGCCGGCGGAGUCACGGGAGCCCCGUGAGUCACGUGGCGGCACCUGCGUGAGCCGGGGCGAGGAUGCGCGUUGCGCCCUCAGUCCCGUUCAGGGCUUCGGUUCCGGUUUCGAGGGCAGCGGCGGCAGCGGCUCCUCCGGCCACUUCACCACCGGCAGCAAUGUCCACAUGAGCAGUGUGACUAAUACCAGCAAUGGCGGCACAGGUGGCACUGGCACCGGCACAGGCACCGGAACGGGAACGGGCACAGGUACUGGAACUGGCACCGGAACGGGCACGGGAACAGGCACAGGCACGGGCACAGGUACUGGAACCGCGAGUGGCACAGCCACAGGAACGGCAAGUGGCACUGCCACUGGAACAGCCAACGGAACGGGCACUGGCAAGGGUACGGAUACCCAUACGGCAGGCAGUGGAAGCGGAAGUGGUACCGGCACGGGCACUGGAACGGGCACCACCACAACUACCACCACCGGGAACAACUCCUCGUCCAGCACACCACCAGUGACCCUCACCGAAUCGCUGCUGAACAAGCACAAUGACGAAAUGGAGAAGUUUAUGCUGAAGAAGCAUCGUGAGUCCCGCGGACGAACUGGAGACAAGGGCAAGAAGUCCUCGGCCAACGACACCCUCAAGAUGCUGGAGUACAGUGGCCCGGGUCAUGGCAUCAAGCGGGGUGGAUCCCAUUCCUGGGAGGGUGAGGCCAACAAGCCCAAGCAGCAGUUGACACUGACGGGAGGCGGUGGCGGAGGAGGUGGAGGCGGAGGCGGUGGAGGCGGCGGAACCGGUGGCGUGGGAUCCGGCGGAGCUGGUGUGGCGGGCGGAGGAGGAACGGUUGGCGGUGGCACGCCGACAAGUACACCAGGAGCAGGAACACCCGGAGGAUCGGGAAUUACAGGAGGUACAGGCGGAGGAGCAGGAGGAGGAACAGGAACAGGAACAGGAGGAGCAGCAACAGGAGGAGGAGGAACAGGAACCGGAAUUGGAACUUCCUCUGUGGGUAGCACCACACCGGUACCCUCCUCAUAUCCUCAGUGCACCCAGAACAUAAACCUGUGGCCACCCUUCUCCGUUGGCAUCACCACACCCGUCCAUUCCACGCACACGGCCAUGGCCCAGAGCAGCUUCUCGUCCGCCGGCCUCUUCCCCACCUUCUACUACAUCCCUGCCUCUCUGGCGCCCACUAGUCCCAGCCCCAGUCCUUCGCCACGCUCCCAUAAGCACCAGCUGUCCCAUUCACAUCCCCUCAAGAAUCCAGAGCAGCCGACAACCUCACAGCAGGCAGCAGCAGCGGCGGCAGCGGCGGCGGCACAAGCCAUGCCACUCCAGUACAUGGCCGGAGUGAUGUAUCCGCAUCCAUCGCUCUUCUACACACAUCCAGCGGCAGCGGCAGCCACGGCAAUGAUGUACCAACCCAUGCCAUUUCCAGGAAUGGCCAAUGCCAUGCAGGUGCCGGACCAGCCAUGCGGAGCACAGUCAUCCUACAACAAAACGGUGUACACGCCACCUCAGGUGAUGGUUGCCCCACCAGCGACGACGACCAAGGUACCGGGUGCCUUCCACUCGGUGACUCCCGCCCAACUCCAGAGGCCCUCCUCGCAGGCAACCUCCGUGAAGGCAGAGCCGGGCUCCAAUGUGGCUCCCUCGGACUCCUCCAAGAAGGAGGUGCCGGACUCCUCGCCCAUUGCCUCCGUGAUGGGUGACUACACCUCAGACCCGCCCUGCAGCAGUAAUCCCACCAAUACGAAGAAGUACACAGACAGCAAUGGUAACAGCGAUGACAUGGAUGGAUCCAGCUUCUCCUCGUUCUACUCGUCGUUCAUCAAGACCACAGAUGGAUCAGAGAGUCCGCCGGACAAUGACAAGGAUGCCAAGCACCGUAAGCUGAAGAGUAUCAAUACAUCGGACAGCAAGAUCUUGGAGCAUCCGGAGGAGGACCAGACGCAGCACGGGGAUGGGUAGCUAAACCCGCAGGUGCUGCUGACCGACGUACACAAUCGGGUUACCGACGUGACCGACGUCGAUCCCUAGGACGAAGCCAACCACAGCAGCAGCAGCUACCGAAGACCCGCAGGGAUCUGGGCCAUGUUUCUUCGGAUGAUCCGGAAGUACAUUCCCUAAUCUAAGUCUGAAUCUGAGCCACACAACGAAUGAGGAAAACAACGAGGGGCAGCUCCAAGCAUAGUUCUAAGCCAGAUGAUCUCGAAGGAUAACCACACACAAUAGCCACCCACCCAGCGGCGGAUUAAGACCAGAAAGCAAUAGGAAGUGAAAACAAUGCAAUAUAAUUGUGCAUCUUCAAGGACUACUAUCUAAACCGUUUGAGAAUCCAUUUCAGUUUUAAUGCGACUGUGUCUUAAUUUAUUUAUUUCUAUAUUGAGCCACAAAAUAAU